CUUGCGCCUUGAUGCUGAACUACACUGUACACUCAACCUGAAACUAGUCUGCACCCCAAGCCUGACCAUGAUCCUGAUCCUGACACUCAUCUUGACCUAGACCUCCAUUUCACCCUGACCUGGGUCCUCAUCCUAAUGCUGAGCCUCACACAGAACAUGGACUCACACUUGGCUGUCACCGUUGACACCCUAAUCCCAUCAUGACCUUGAACCUGAUCUAGACCCUGACCCUGAAAUUGAACUUCACACUGACACUGACUUUCAUUAUUAUGAAGACUCAUCCUCAGCCUGAUCGUCACCUUCAUCUUGACCCAUCCUCACUUUGAAACUUAACCUUGAACUUGAUUUUGACUAUAAACCAAACUCUGACCCUCUGUGGUAAGCAGAAUAAUGUGCCCCUCCCGCAAAGAUGCCCAUGUCCUAACCUGUGAAUACAUUGCCUUACACACAAAAGGGACUUUGCAAAUGUGAUUUAAGGGUACAGACUUUGAGAUGGAAAGAGUAUCCUGGAUUAUGCAGAUUGGGCCAAUGUAAUGGGGUUGGGGGGAGGGAGAGUUGGAGGAGGAGGACUUAAUUCCUUCCAGCAGCAAUAGAAAAGGAACCCACCUUGACUUUUAAUUGACCUUGACCUUCACAAUGAACAUCAUGCUCACCCUGACCCUGACAUUACCUCACAUUGAUCUUGACCCUGAACCUGACACUGACUCUAAUCCUGAACAUCAACCUCACCCUCACCUUGACCCUGAAUCCUACACGGAACUGGACAUCCACUGUCAACUUGAAUCCAACUUUCAAUCUUACUUUCACCCUGACAAUAACCAUCAUCCUAAUCCUGACAUUCAUCCUCUCACUGAUCCUCUCUAAUGGAGCCUCAACCUGAUCCUAACCUUGGCUCUCACACUGAUCUUGAACUGAACCCUGGAUCUAAAAUUUCCCUUAUAGUGACCUUGUCCUUGAACCUGAUUCUGGCACCAUGACCCUGACCAUUCUCUUAUCUUGAUCCUUAACCUGACGUAGAAUUUUACCUUGAAUUGGACACUCACCCUCACUCUGAUUCUGAUCUUAAUCACUCUGUCCCUGAUCUUACCCUCAUCCUGACUGUGACCCUGGCUGCUGUGACAUUGAGCUUGAUCGUGACCUUCACCCUUACACUAACUCUGAUCUGAUCUUGGUCAGGGCCACGACCAAAACCAGGGUCGGGGCUAAGGCUAGGUAGGGUGAGAGGCUGGGCAGGAGCCAUGAUGAGGGAGGUACCAGGUUAGGGCCAGGGCUUGGGCAAGGGCCAGUGCCAGUGUAAGACGGAGGCUGAGGGUCAUUCUGAAUGUGAUUGUGAAGGCCAGGGUCGGGGCUAGGGCAAAGCUCAGGAUGAAGGUGUGUACUAGGGUGAGUCAGGGUCAGGUGAGGGUAGGAACAGGAGUAUGGUAGAUGUCAGAUGCUAAUGAAGUCAAGGGUGAUGAUUAGGGCGAGGUUGAGGAAGAGGGUCAAGGUCUGGAUAAGGGCCGGCACCAGGGCAAGGGCUCGGGAGGUGCUGGGUUCAGGGGCACCACAAGGUCCCGCGUGAGGGUCAGGGCGAAGGUCAGAACGAGGAUGAAUGUCAGUAUAAGGGGGUGGGCAAGGGUCUCAGCGAAUGUCAGGACAAGGGCAGAAGCCAGUCUGAGGCCAAGUAGAAGUGGGGCUGGUGAGCGGAUUAGUAGAAGUGGGUGUUCCGAAAGGAAGCGCGGAGGCUGGGCGAGGAUUAAGCGAGCGGGCGGGGCUCGGCCUGCGGGGGCGGAAGCGCAGCAAAGGCGUAGCCCGACCCAGGCAGCCAUGGGGGCGGGCACUGUGGAGCCGCAGAUGGGUUUGCACCAGCUGCUGCAUGUGUUUUUGGAGGCCCAAGACAUGCUCUGCGUCGCCCAGGUGGACAGGGUCUGGAAUGAGGCUUCAAGGACCAAGGAACUGUGGAGGCAGCUGUGUCUGAGACGCUGGUCCUCCUGUAAAGCCUCCCAGAUGACCCUGGGCACACAGACAUGGAAACAGUACUAUCUCUGCCGAUCCGAGCUGGAGUUCCAAAUGGAAUCUGGGUGGCCAGAGAAGGAUUUUAUCUGCAAAGCCAUUGCUGGGCACAAAGGAGAGAUAGAUGAGCUGGCCUACAUUUCAACCAAAGAGUACUGGUUUGAUGGGCGGGAGAAGUCCGUGGUGUGCGCCGUGUCAUCAGAUGGCACCGUGUGUGCCUGGGAUCUGCAAGAGGUGAGCUCUCUGUCGAGCCCUCUACAGCCUGCAGCUCUGGUGAAUUUGGUGACUUACCCUCGGCUGCAACUGGCUGUCACCGUGGAUGAGCGGGGACUGAUCAAAGUAUGCAAAGCAGAGAACGGGUGUAAGCAAGCCUCCUGCCUGCCUACAUACUCGUCUUCACUGGAGGCCUGUGACUUUCCAGAAGGCCCCCUCCUGCUGAUUAUCCAGGUGGGCUCGAAAUCUAAUGACAAGUGUCCUUAUAAUAAGAGAAGAAGACACCGACAGAAAGGAGAAAGACCAUGUGAAAAUGGAGGCAGAGAUUGGAGUGAGCAGCCACAAGCCAAGGAAUGCCAACAGCCAUUCACUGAAGUUGGAAAUUGCAAGGAAAGGAAUCUUUUCUAGAGUCUCUGGAGAGAUCAUGGCCCUGCAAACACCUUGAUUUUGGACUUCUGGCCUCCAAAACUGUGAGAAAAUAAAUUUCUGCUCUUUUAAGCCAAAAAAGAAAGAAAGAAUGGCUGAUAACUUCCCAAUCUGGGGAGAGAAGAUUUGGACAUACAAGUUCAUGAAGCUAAUAGGUCAACACCAAAUAUCAACCCAAAAUGUUCUUCUCAAAGACACACUAUUAAAAAACUGUGUAAAAUCAAAGACAAAGAGAGAAUUUUUAAAACUGUCAAGAGAAAAACAAACCCUCACAUAAUAAAGGAACCCCCAAUAAGUCUAUCAGCGGAUACUCAGUGGAAACCUUGCAAGCGAGGAGAGAGUGGGAUGAAAAAUUCAAAGCGCAGAAAGAGAAACACUGCCAAAGAAGUUUACCCAGCAAAGCUAUCUUUCAAAAAUGAAGAAGAGAUGUUUGUUCUCAAAUAAAAGCUGAGGGAGCUAUUCUACACUAGACCUGCCUCACAAAAAAUGCUGAUAGGAUUUCUUCAAGCUGAAAGGAAAUGACAGUAAUUACUAACAUGAGAACGUAUGAAAAUAUAAAACAUUCUGGUAAAGGUAUGUAUAUAGACAAAUUCAGAAUAUUGUAAUAUUGUAAUACAGUGUUGUGUUAAUCACUUUAGUAUAAAGGUUAAAGGAUAAAAUUAUUUAAAAUGACAAUAAUAAUAAUGUGUAAAAAUAUACAAUAUACAAAGAGGUAAAUUUUGACAUCAAAAACAUAAAAUGUGGGGUGGGGGAGUAAAAGGGUAGCAUUUUUGUAUGCAAUUGAAGUUAAGUUGUCAUCAACUUAAAAUAAACUGUUACAUCUAUGUUUUAUGUAAGGUUCAUGGUAACCACAUAGCAAAAACCUACAAUAGAUACAUAACAGUUAAAGAGAAAAGAAUCAAAGCUUACAUUACAGAAAAGCAUAAAUUCACAAAGAAAGCAAGAGAGGAAGAAAGAACAAUGGAACUACAAGAGUCAGAAAAAUAUUAAUAAGAUGGCAUUAGUAAGUCCUUACCCAUCAACAGUUAUUUUAAAUAUAAUGGAUUAAAUUCUCCAGUCAAAAGGCAGAGGAGCUGGAUUUUUUUAAAAAAAGAUCCAACGAAAUGCUCCCUACAGAAAACUCACUUCAGGUUCAAAGACACAUACAGACUGAAAGUGAAGGGGAAAAAAAUAUUUCUGAAAAUGCAAACAACAUGAGACCAUGGAUAGGUAUACUUAUAUCAGACAAAUUUUAUUUAACUUUUUAACAUUUUUAUUGAAGUAUAAUUGCUUUAUAAUGGUGUGGUAGUUUCUGCUGUAUAACAAAGUGAAUCAGCUAUACAUAUACAUACAUCCCCAGAUCUCCUCCCUCUUGCAUCUCCCUCCCACCCUCCUUUAUCCCACCCCUCUAGAUGGACACAAAGCACCGAGCUGAUCUCUCUGUGCUAUGUUCCUGCUUCCCACUAGCUAUCUAUUUUACAUUUGGUAAUGUAUAUAUGUCCAUGCCACUCUCUCACUUCUUCCCAGCUUACCGUUCCCCCUCCCCAUGUCCUCAAGUCCAUUCUCUAUGUCUGCAUCUUUGACAAAGAGACUUUAACUCAAACACUGUAACAAGAGACAAAGAAGAUCAUUACAUAAUGAUAAAGGGGUUGAUUCACCAAGAGAAUAUAACAAUCAUAAAUUCAUAUGCACCCAACAUUGGAGCACCCAGAUAUAUUAACAGUGAAGAAGGCAGAAAUAGACAACAAUACAAUAAUAGUAGAAGACUUUACUAUCCCACUUUUAACAAUGAACAGACCAUAUAGACAGAAAAUCAAUAAGGAAACACUGGACUCAAACUAUACUUUAGGCCAAAUGGACCUAACAGACAUAUGCAGAAUAUUCCAUCCAAGAGCAGUGGAAUACAUAUUCUUCUCCAGUGCACAUGGAACAUUCUCCAGGAUAGAUCAUAUGCUAGCUCACAAAACAAUUCUCAGCAAGUUUAAGAAGACUGAAUUGAUACCGAACAACUUUUCAAACCAUGAUGGUAUGAAACUAGAAAUCAAUUAACAGGAGAAAAACUGAAAAACUCAGAAAUAUGUGGAAAUUAAACAGCACACUCCUCAACAACCAGUGGGUCAAAGAACAAAUCAAAACAGAAAUGAAAUAUCUUAAAACAAAUGAAAAUGGAAACACAACACACUAAAACUUAUGGGAAGCAGCAAAAGCAGUUCUAACAGAAGUUUGUAACAAUAUAUGACUACGUUAAGAGAAAAUAAAUAUCUCAAAUAAACAACCUAACUUCACACAUCAAAAAAUUUAAAGAAAAGAACAAACUACAUCCAAAGUUAGCAGAGGAAAGGAAACAACAAAAAUCGGAGCAGAAUCAAUGAAAUAGAGACCAGAAAAACAAUAGAAAAAAAUCGAACAGCACAUUAAAAGGAUCAUACACCAUGAUCAAGUGGAAUUUAUCUCUGUGGUUCAACAUAUGCAAAUCAAUAAAUGUGAUACAUCACACUAAUAAAAUGAAAGAUAAAAAUAUAAUCACUGCAAUAGAUGGGGAAAGCAUUUGAUGAAACAAAAUAUCCUUUCAUGAUAAAAAAAAACUUCACAAAUUGAGUAUAGAAUACAGGUCAUAUUCAACAAUCCUAUAGCUAAAAUCACACUCAAGAGUGAAAGGGUGAAAGCUUUUCCUCUAAGAUCAGAAACAAGGAAACAAGACAAGGGUACCCAGAGUGGCACCACACAUAUUCAACAUGAUACCAGAAGUCCCAACCAGAGAAGUUAGGCAAAAAUAAGAAAUAAAA